AUGUCUCUCCACCCUCAAUACUCCAGCGACGACCACGACCCAUUCCUCUCACGAAACCCCUCUGCCACCUCCUCGCUGCCUACUGUCGAAGACGCAUCCAACCAACCUCAGUACGCGCCCGAACAACAACAUUACGCGCCUCCACCGCUACCGCCAAGGCCGUCUGCGGCCCUCACGAGAAAGCCUGUACCAGCCAUCUCGGACAGUGAUCUGCCUGCACUUCGACGUCGGCGGUCUUCAGCAACUCCUCCCCCAGUACCUCCUCGCCCCAAUAAUCAGUACUCAACCUACGUAGCAGCACCUGCUGCAGCCUAUACUGUCCAACCGCAGGGGCCGGUUGACUCGCGCUUGCCACCGGCCUCGUCCGGUGCUGCAUAUGUUGCCACGAAUGAGAAGGCGGGCUAUGAGCCGAAGCGGAGAAGUUGCUGGCCAGCUACAAGGAGGGGGAAGUGGAUUCUCUUUGGCAUCAUCGCGGCGUUGAUCGUCAUUAUCGCUGUUGUCGCCGCCGUCUGCGCCGUCGUCAUUCCCAACCACUCGUCCUCCUCGUCAUCUUCAUCCUCUAGCAAUGUGGGCUCGGCUUCAGACAAUGGUGGACAUCCUCUCUCUAUCGCUGAUGGAGGGGUGGAUAAAGGCGAGGCAGGCGAUAUCCCUGUACACGGUAAUCGCUCAGCAGAUCACUUUGUCAUGACCACCAACCGUUCCAUCGUCGUCACCCGUCUAGACCCCAUUGUCAACCCAGGCGCUAUCGGAUCGCACAUGCACCGAGUGCACGGGUCAUCGUACUUUACGCAAAACUUGACAACGGCCACCGAAAUGCAAGAGUUGGCGAACUGUACGACCACAAUCGUCCAGGAUGAUCUGUCGGCGUACUGGGUAUCGGCGCUCUAUUAUCGAUACUCAAACGGGUCACUGGUAUCUGUACCUCUCGAUAGGACAUCACUCUACUACUUUCAGAAAGCGCCUACCGGAGAGACCAUUUACCCCUUCCCCGACAACUACAACAUUGUGGCCGGUAACCCAUACAGGAGAUCUGUGAACGAAUCCGACCCCAAUCACACCGCAUUAUGGUACCAAUGCUACCGAGGGGACGGCAAUGAUCUCAAGUCCUGGGGCUUUCCCAAGAGUGCUUGCUCCGGCGGUCUCGUUCAGGGUAUACAAUUUCCCAGUUGCUGGGAUGGUGUAUACGCGGACGACGGAGACUAUACCGACCAUGUCACGUACCCAACGGACGACACCAAUGGCUAUUACUGUCCCUCUGAUUUCCCGAAGAAGUUUAUCACUCUGCAAUUUGAGACUGUCUUUGCCGUUUACGACUUUCCCUACAACGGAAACAACAACAUCACUUGGUUGUUGGCUAAUGGAGAUACCACUGGCUAUGGUAUCCAUGCGGACUUCAUGAACGGUUGGAAGACCUCUGUUCUUCAAGGUGUCUUGGACGACUUCGCCGACGACCCUCCCAAUUGCCCCCACUUGAACGCCUCCAUCAACUUGGACAUCACUUACUCCUGUCGCCUCCAAACAUCCAUCGUCAACGAAGAAGUAGGCGAGACAGUGUCCACCGCAUUGACGUAUUUGCCAGGGUGCAAUGCUAUCUGGUCUGGGAAUACGAGCAAGCCUGCUUGUCCUGAUGGGCGGGUUGAGGGAGGAGAUCUGGAUCUUGUCUCUGGGAGCGUGUACUAUAGGGAAGAGCCUUAUAUCAGCGGAGGCAGUGAGGCUUUGGUGGCUUGA